AUGGACCCGGCAGGCUUCAUCGACCCGAACUUGACGGGGCCGGACGUGCUGGUGCUGAAGCAGUUGUUGGACGACGCCCAGCAGUCGGAUCAUCAACCACCAGAGACGUCUCUUCGCAGACGGCAAAAGGAUGAAACCCGACCAGCAGACGAGGUCAUAGAGAAGCUUACGGCUCUCAACGAUCCUCAGGAUCCCACCUUCGAAGCGACCGUCUUCGUCACCUGGGACUCCAAAGACUGGCAAAAGUAUCCAGUCCUGGACAAAUGGAUCCUGCAGCCAUACAUCCGACUAGCAAGACAGGUCGUGCGCGUUGACACCGACGUGGUGAUGCUCACCCACCUGUUGCUGUAUUUCGCAACCUCUGUCCCCAGUGCAAUCCUCCUGUUCCGACACUUCCACUGGGCGCACGGUAUCCUGCACUGGAUCAUGCAGUCCUACUACGUGGGCACGUACACCCUCAUGAUGCACCAGCAUAUCCACAUGGGCGGGAUCCUGAAGAAAAGCUUCCGCUGGUUUGACGAGCUGUUCCCCUACGUCACCAACCCGCUCAUGGGCCACACCUGGAACUCCUACUAUUACCACCACGUCAAGCACCACCACGUCGAGGGCAACGGCCCCGAGGACCUCUCCUCGACCAUCCGCUAUCAGCGCGACGACCUCUUCGACUUCCUCUGCUACGUCGGUCGCUUCUUCUUCCUGGUCUGGCUGGAGCUGCCGCUGUACUUCUUCCGCAAGGGCAAGACCAAUUUCGCCUGCAAAGCCGCCUUCUGGGAAAUCGGCAACUACGCCGCCCUCUUCCUCCUCUGGCGAUAUGUGUCCUGGCGCGCCACCCUCUGCGUGUUCCUGCUGCCGCUCAUGCAGCUCCGCGUGGGCCUGAUGGUUGGCAACUGGGGCCAGCAUGCCUUCGUCGACGAAGUCGACCCCAACUCCGACUUUCGCUCGAGCAUCACUCUGAUUGACGUCGCGAGUAACCGCUUCUGUUAUAACGACGGGUACCACACCUCCCACCAUCUGAACCCUCUCCGCCAUUGGCGCGAGCAUCCCGUGUCUCUGCUGCGACAGAAGGACCGCUACGCGGCUGAGCAUGCGCUCAUCUUCCGCAAUAUCGACUACAUCAUGAUCACCGUCCGUCUCUUGCGCAAGGAUUACCAGCAUCUCGCGAAAUGUCUCGUGCCGAUUGGAGACCAGAUCGGGAUGACGUUGGAUGAAAUCGCUGAGAUGUUGCGCAGGAAAACGCGACGGUUCAGCGAGGCGGAUGUGAAGGCUAAAUUUUAG